GUGUGGGGUGCCUUAAAUAGCAAGGGACUCUCACCAUUUUCAUCAUUCAAGCUUCCAUUUUCAUCAUUCAAACUUUCCAUAGCCAUGGCCAAAACCAAAACUAAAGGCUUACAAUAUCCAAAACCCAAAGCCUCUCUUUUUCUAUGUUGUUUUGGAUCAGUUCAGAACAAAACGCCAAAAGAUAACUCCACCAUCAUCACUCAUCAUAACCCACCGAAACAGAACAUUCGCACCAGCAAGAAAUCAAUGGCCAAAACGGUGCCGCUUCAGGAAGAGUUGGAGUUUCCUGACAUGAAGAGUUAUACCAAACUGCAUUCAUCAAGCUGGAAGUGGAGGUCAAAGUCAAAGUCAAUGUCAAUGUCAAAGUCAAAGCCACUCAGUAACACUCAAAUCAAUUCCACUCUCGGCCAACCACUCUCGCAAUCACAGUCGCCGAAGCUAAGGAACAAACCAGAGUACGACACGCGUCAACACGCGGUUUCUCUCCCAAGUUCGAAACGGCAGCAUGGGGUGCAUGAAACGACGGGGAAAGACUGGAAGCAGAAGCAGAAGCAUCAACAGGAUCACGUGAUUGGCGCGUGCAUGUUUAUAGUAAGUUUGGUAUCAGUGAUAGUGUUGGGUCGUUUAGGUUCGAUCUUUUGCACCACCUCUUUCGUCUAUCUCGUCCCUGCCUUCGCAAAAAGACAACGUCAAUUCCGUCGUUGAUGCUUCAAACGACAACAAAGUCAUCCAAAGAUGUCGCGGUUUUGCUGUAGAUACUGAUAAUAACUCUUGAGAAAAUUGUGUAUAAU